UUGUCUCUUUAAAAGGAGAGGCAGUUGCGCCGAUUUUCCAAGCGUGCUGUGGAUACAAUGCGAUGCCCCGCCUGAGCCAGGAAAUGAAGUAUUUGUAUUUGACAAUUGUAUUUGUCGCUCUUCCUGUCUGUCAUUAGACACAAGACGCCGGUGAAUGUGGUUGUGGUGGGGGAGAGACUUAAAAGGUCAUUGUAAAUCCCGCUCGGGUAAUAACGGCAGAGACAAAGUAAAUAAACUGAUAAUAUGAGCUAGGUAAACAUGGGGAUAAAGUCGACCUGACACGGGUUCCGCCACACUGCAGUGCGCGGAAGAACGCUGACCGCAGCUAUCCUGAGCAUCCAGAGACAUGCACUGCAACCAGGGGACCGUCUUCAAUUCUUAAAGCGGAUCACGGUGGAAUUGGGCGGAAUCGGGUCCUGUUUGGAGCUGGAAAAAAGUUUGACAUUUGCUCGAGACCAAAAACGAGGUUAAAGGAUGUUGAGGUUGGCGAGCUCCAUAGUCCUGCUCUUUCUGCUCAGGCUGGUUCUUGGCCUGCCUUGGUACCAGGUCCUCCCCAGUCUGCUCAUAUUCUACCUGGGCUCCGGCGGCUGGAAGUUUGCCGAUGUCUUUAUCAAAACCAUCUGGAGAGACUUGCACGCGGCCGGUGUGCUGUUAAGGGUGAAGCUGAAUGUGAAGCGCCACUUGCGUGAGGGCAACACUGUGCCCAAGAUUUUCGCCUCCAUGGUGAAGCUGCACGGUGACAAGCCGGCGCUAAUCUUCGAGGGAACGGGCGAGACCUGGAGCUUCCAGCAGCUAGACGAGUACUCGAACCGUGUGGCCAACCUGCUGCUGGAGCGGGGGUACCGCGAGGGGGACGUGCUGGCCCUCUUCAUGGAGAACCGCAGCCAGUACGUGGGGCUGUGGCUGGGCAUGGCCAAGAUCGGGGUGGAGGCGGCACUCAUUAACUUCAACCUGCGCCUGGACGCCCUGGUGCAUUGUGUCAACAUCUCCAACGCCAAGGCCGUGGUGUUCGGAGGAGAGCUCGCUGGCGCUGUGCAGGAGGUGCAUGCUUCGAUGGGGAGGUCAGUGAAGCUGUUCUGCUCCGGAGACUGGGAUCCAUCGAAGGUUCCUGAGGAGACAGAGAGACUGGAGCCCCUGCUGGAUGCAGCCCCCUCCCACAAUCCAAGCCCCCCCAAAAGGGGCUUCACAGACCGACUGUUCUACAUUUACACCUCUGGGACUACAGGGAUGCCUAAAGCUGCUAUCGUGGUGCACAGCAGGUACUACCGCAUGGCUGCUCUGGUCUACUAUGGCUUUGGGAUGUCCUCCGAUGAUGUGCUUUACGAUUGCUUACCACUCUACCAUUCGGCAGGGAACAUCGUUGGGGUUGGACAGUGUCUGCUCCAUGGAAUGACUGUCGUCAUCAAGCGGAAAUUCUCUGCUUCCCGUUUCUGGGAUGACUGCAUCAAAUACAACUGCACAAUUGUGCAGUACAUCGGGGAGAUCUGCCGAUACCUGUUGAACCAGCCUGUCCGGGAGGCAGAGAAGAAGCACCGGGUUCGCAUGGCACUGGGCAACGGGCUGCGGCCAUCCAUCUGGGAAGAGUUCACCUCCCGCUUCAGCGUGCCCCAGAUCGCAGAGUUCUACGGGGCCACAGAGUGCAACUGCAGCCUGGGCAACUUCAACAACCAGAUAGGUGCCUGUGGGUUUAACAGCCAGAUCCUGCCCUUUGUGUACCCGAUCCGACUGGUGAAGGUGGACGAGGAGACCAUGGAGCUGAUCCGGGGUCCCGAUGGAGUCUGUAUCCCCUGCAAGCCAGGGGAGCCAGGGCAGCUUGUAGGCCGAAUCAUCCAGAACGACCCCCUGCGCAGAUUUGAUGGCUACGUCAACCAGUCGGCGACUAGCAGUAAGAUCUCACAAGACGUCUUUAAGAAAGGGGACAGGGCAUACCUCUCAGGUGAUGUGCUCAUCAUGGACCAGUACGGCUACAUGUACUUCAAGGACCGCACAGGGGACACAUUCCGCUGGAAAGGGGAGAACGUGUCCACGACUGAGGUGGAGGGGACGCUGAGCCGCCUCCUGGACAUGACGGACGUGGUGGUGUACGGGGUGGAGGUGCCAGGGAUAGAAGGCAGAGCGGGUAUGGCAGCUAUCGCAGACCCAGCCAGUGGGAUUGACUUGGAGAGGUUUGCCAGGGACCUGGAGAAGGCGCUGCCUCCCUACGCCCGGCCCAUCUUCCUCAGAGUGCUGCCUGAGGUCAACAAGACAGGGACCUACAAGUUCCAGAAGACAGAGAUGCGUCAGGAGGGGUUUGACCCCAAGGUUGUGUCGGACCGACUGUACGUCCUAGACUGCAGCAAAGGGAAAUACAUUCCACUGGAUGAGGAGGUCUACCGCAAUAUCCAAUCAGGGAAGCAGAAGCUGUGACCACCAUGACCGUUCCUCAAUUACAGUACCUCAGAUCCCGGAGCUGUUAAAGGAGGCCAUGCAUGGGUUCCAGCAGCAAAAGGGUUAACAAAAAAAAUACAUGCAGAAUAAAAUUAAUAUUUAAAAAGGGAUAGAUACUGUUGAGUAAGAAAGGGACACUAAGGGGCAGGAGUCAAGCCAAUCAAGUUUUAGGAUAAAUUCUUCAGGGCCAAUGCUGUUUCAAACCCUUUCUCCCUUGUCUAAAAGCCUGCAGCCCACAAUGACUGCUUUCAGCGGCUUGCAGAUGUGACCACCGACACCCAUUAAAGCUGCCUGCAAACAUGGCUAUUGAUGGCUCAGUGUAACUGCAGUAACAGGGCAUACAUUAGGACAGUCUGGAGUAAGGGUAGACUGCAGUUCCACUAUACCAAGUGAUCUUUAAUUGCAGUUCUUCUACAGUCCUAGUGAUGUUCUGUUAUCACUGUUACAGUUGAAAUGUCAUUAUUGUUAGAUUAAAGAGAAAAUAGCUCUGAAUGUCAUUUUCACAUAGGCUUUGCAGUUUAGCUGAAUCUGAGCAGAUCACAAGAAAACUUUGGGAUUUUUUUCAGGAUAUGUGCAUGCUGGAGUUGGUGUAGUACAGCUUCUGACCAAGCUUUUAUUAACUUUGUAUAAUAUUUUACCUUGGCAGAGAAUGUAGUAAUUGCUGCUAGCAUCCCAGCAAACCCUACUGCACACCAGUUCUGCAUGUGUUGCCCCUCUUCAUAACAUUCACAUGCAGUAGGGCUGGUAAUACUGCCGGCACACAUUUCUGGGAAUUAAAACCAGGGGCUUUGACAGAAGGCUUCACGGUAGCAUGUGGGGAUGUUCUGUAUCUCGUUUUAGUGUUUGUUUGUUUUUCCUACAAGAUGGCUUUUCUCAGACUGGUUGAUAUAUGAGCACAUUGUGCACUGUAGCUGCUUCACAAUAAUUCAGAUGUAGUUAUGCAUGAACUCUGAUUUAUUUAAUUCAAAUUGGAUUCUUACAAAAUACACUUUAAAUGACACUUCCCCCUCUUAUUCUUGUGAAACCCUAAAUCCGCAUCAGCUGCUAUUUGCAAACAAUUGAGUAGAUCAGGGUACUGCACUACUUUCAAUUGAUCGUCUCAAGCAACUGCUGUGACAGCAUCUCACCAUUUGUUUAAGAGCUUUUGGUUCUUUGCUUGUAUUUUAUAUAUGCAUAUUUCAUCAACCCUUCAUGAAAAGGUGCUGCUGGUUCCUGGUACCUAAUCACUUUGUAUGUUGUAGUUCAAACACACUUCAAUGGUCUAGCUGCAAUGAAAUCAUUGGGCUUACAGCAAAGGUAUUAGGAACAGUUUACCUAUGGUGUUGUGUUUGAAAUAUUUCUAUAUGAAUUAAUAAAAAAGGAAAACUCAAAUAUCAGCAUAAUAAAAGGGGGACUAGUAAUGAUGUUAAUAAAUCUAAUAAAAGGUAAGAAAUUGAUUUUUAUUAAAGCUUAGAACUACUUUAAAUGUGUGCAUUUCAGUGAGAAAAGACAUUCGAGCCAAAACAAACAAACAGGUGUGCCCCCUAUGAGGGCCCAGGUUAUUGAUGCCCUGCAGCAACACACAACUGAGAUUUCAAAAGCUGUACAAAAAGCUUGAGAACGGAUUGCCUGUUCACUGCAUGGCUGAUGUGGGCUUUGUUGGGGUGAAAUGGUUGAUUCAGCUGGUCACAUGGGAGGAAUUCUAAAGGGAUAGCUACUUGUUCACCAAAAUCAUGUUCAUGUUUGAGUUUUUAAUAGACCCGUGAUUGUUCCAGUUUUGGCGCAAUACAUGAAAUGUAAUCAAGCCUCAAUACCGAGAACCCCAAAAGGGCUACCAAAGACUGGAUCCACUGUCAACACUGAGGUCAUUUUUUAUUUUGUGCAAUCCAGUAAAUAAAGGGAAAGAUAUUUUCAGCUGGCAUGAAGGAUCAACCAACUAAAGCAGUGUGCCUUAGCAUGACCACCAACUGCAGUCUAGUUUCACAAGGGCAGGUUACAGAUUUGGGAAUAGAUGGCAAUGUGGUGUGUCUAGAUCUUGUUUAUGCAGAUUAUAAGUGGGAGAAGAAUCCUUUGGGUCAAGGUGAGUGGAAGGAGCAAGCACCAUUGCUUUUAAAAUAGGUAGUAGUUAUUAUAUCUAUAAAUCUAACCCAAGUGGACUGGGGUCAUUGAAACUUGAACACACUGAGCAGAUCUAGAAAAGCAAUGCUUUAGUUUUAAGAUACAAUUUUAAUAAUUUAAAAAAAGAAUACCUUGUAUAUACAAUAUAUUACAAAGGGCAUGGUUAACCAUACUAGGUAUUUUAUUGAGGCUCUGGAUGACUGGCAAAAACAAUUUUGCUGCAUAUCCCUUGUUUAUAGAUGCUUAUUGAUGGGUCCUUAAACUAAUGUAUGACCAAGCAUCUACCAUUACAUAAUGCUUGCUAAACAAGUAAUCUCAUUGUCUGUCUUUCUACUACAUUAUUCUUGUGUUGGUAAUGGCCUUUACUCAGUUAUGAAUGUACCAUUACUAUGGCACUGAUCUGGUAAGACUGAAUUCCUGUGUGUUCGGGUUUCAAGUCGCCUCUAUAUAAUCAGGUUGGCGCUGUCAUGCAGUUUGUAGAAAAGUAUGAAUGUGCAUUGCCCAUGGGAUCUCCACAACUGAGUGCUAAAACCUUUUUAACUGUUUUAAAUAUAUACAAAAAAGGGAAGCUGAGGCACUUGCUGUUGUGUUAAUUUGCUUUAUUUUGUUCACUUUUCGUUUGUUUGUUGCCUGUAUUUAAAUACAUUAUUUGAUUGUCUGUGUUAACUGAAAAAUGUGAGGCAGCUCGGUGCUGCUGAUUUGCUGCCAGGAGGUGGGGAGAAGAUUUUGACACGAGAGAAAUCAUGGGGGAUUCAAUCAGGAGAAUUAAAUAAAGGUAUCUAGGGUGUGCAAUCUCUGCACUAAAUUGUACUUCAACACUGCAGUCAAGAGCAAGUAGCACAAAAAUGAGAUUUCAGUGCCUUGUGUUUCUUGAUUGAGGAACUGUAGGCAUGAGGACAUAAAAGCAAUACUAAAGUUUCAUAAAACAUUACCCCUAAAGAGCAUUGCUGCAGCAUGCAUUAACGAGUGUGCUGAUGCAUUAUGCGUACAACCCUACAUAUAUAUGUUUUUUAAGUGACAUGUUUCUAGGUAAGACAAUGCAAUCAUUGUACAUUGUACAUUCCUUUUAUUACAAUGUUAUGAUUUAUGUUUGGGAAUGCUCAGCAGCCAUAAUAAAUGUAAACCGAGUAUUCCAAAUGCCAUUGAUUGUUCAUGUACAAGAAGUGCAAGGAAGCCAGGAGUAGACUAAAUGCUAGUAAAUCUGAUCCUGCUAGCUUAGUAUUCAGUAUAUGAGUUGUGAGUAAGUCAUAUUGCUGUUGGGAACUGUAAUUUUCCAGCUUUAUAAAAAGAACAGUGUAUUCAAGCAGGCAGUACAGAUGGGAAUCUACUGUAAUAGUGCAUUAACAAUGCAGACAUUUCAUAGCUGGAGUGUACUUUGAAAGCCAAGAGAAUUAAGAAUUGUGUUAUAAAAACCAAAUACUACCAUAAACUCUUUGAGCAGGCCAGUGCAUAUUCAGAAUACUGAGCGCUCCACGUAUACAGAGAAUGUGCAUAGAACACAUACUACAGUAUUCCCCUUUAUGCAUUUAAAAGCAAUCUAUUGAAUGCUGUAUAUUAAUAAAAUUGUCUUGUCUGUAAACACACUGAAAAUGUCAUUUUGUGCUACUUCAGGUGCUCUAAAUGAAAAGUACAGGCAGUACAAUACAUCCAAAUCAGCACUUAAAUAAAGCAUGAGCUGGUCUAUAGAGGCUACGAGACAAAACACCCUAGAGGCACAAGCAGACUGAACUUUAGUAAAGUUGGUGGCUACGCAAUUUGCCCUGGUGCCUUUUGAUCCAGUUUCCAAGUGCUCUGCCCUCAUACCACUGGUUAUUUCUGAUGGUAGUUUAGCCAGGUGCUGUAUCUCUCCCUGACCGACAGUUAGUGGCAGGUCUGUCCGGAGCAGGCUAAUUUGCAGGACAAAGAUCUAUUAUUGCACUAUUUUUAUUUUCUGGUUCUUGAACAACAAACAUACAUAUAUAUAAAUUAGCAGUUGCUGGUGACAGUAGCUUCAGAGUGUGAAUGGAUUUAUGCUAGUGUUGAAGCUACUGUAUCCACCCAAUUUUAGUUUUCAUUUCACUGUUUUUGCAAUGCCUAGUAUGGAUUGAACUGGGUUCUAUAAGCUUUCCUGCCCUGGAUAUACAGAACCAAUUAUUUUGAAGAAUAUUGACUCAGGACCUCUUUCUGCAGGCUCAACUAUACGCUUUUACACCGUAAAGGACUGACAGUACAGGAGACUUGUCUUUAUCCACCAAACAGAGAUCACUAGCUGUUGCAGUGGCUGUAAUAAUUCUUUUGUAAUGUGGAUUACAUUUGUGUCCUAAAAGCUAAGUUGUAAUCACAAUUUAAUUUAUUUUGUGUUAAAAGCUAGAUUUGAACCUAGGCCUCCAGAAGUAAAAGGCUAGUGGAUUACCAUACAGCACAACAGCACUUUUUUUUUCUGGUGUUCUACAUCAUAUAUCAAUCUAAACUACAUUCCAUUGCAGAUGGUCCUAGAUGGUCCAUUUCAUUUGGGGCAUUACAUGUUGUGCAGUGGCGUGAUGACCUAAACUUUCAUCUGAUAGCCUAGGUUUAAAUCUACAUUGUUUGUUCUCAAGUUUUGUGGUCUUAAUUACAAACUCUCUUAGCAAUUCAGCUUAAUUGGCAGGCUCUACUUGGUCCUUCAGGUCAUGAUUGAGGUGCAUUGUUGAGUAGUUGUGUUGAUUUCAAAACUGCUUUUUCACUGUACUAAUAACUGUCAUUUCUGCUUCAAGGGAUCCACAGUCAAGCAGCCCUCAUCAGGAUUGAUUCUUUAGACGUUCACCUCCCUUUAACAACUGUUUGCAUUGCUGUAGCAUCUUUAAUAUGCAAGAAGGGACAAGGUUCCAGGAAUAUGGGCAGUCUCUAAUGUAAAUAUUGUGAAUGGAUUGCUACUAGGGUUACAGUAGCUGUACAUCGUAGUCUUGGCCCUUUAGUGAUCCUUACAUAGAAAAAAAAAAAAACCUAUAUCCACAUUAUUGUGCCCUCAUCAACUUGUAUUAUUUUUUUUUUUAGUUGAACAUAAACAUUGGCUGUAUAGUCUGCUCUAGAAUCCAUAAUAAAAAUGGUUAAAUAAACUGUU